GUUGUGUUCUUCAUUGAGAGGAACUUUUUGUUGCGAAAACGCGCAUUGUAUUUCGUGUAUGGAUUGAGGAAUUCAGUGCAGAAUUGCAUUUGGUUGAGUUUGCUUUUGAUUGCUUGGCUGUGUAUUUUUGAUAAGAAAGUUGAUAAAAUGACUGGUGGAAAGGUUUUGCCUUAUGUGUCAAGUAUUUGGAUUUGUCUUUUGGUUGGUGCAUACAUUUGGUUGUUGAAAACACUUGUUGUGAAAGUUCUAGCUAUGUCAUUUCAUGUUAGUACGUUUUUCGAUCGAAUUCAAGAAUCUUUGUUCAAUCAACAUGUGAUUGAGAUGUGGUCUAGGCCACCGUUGGUUGAGAUUGAUCAGCGAGAGCACGAGGAGGAAGAGAAAGUUAUGUCUGAAGUGCUUGCUGAUUUAAAGGCAAGCACACCACACAAGACUCCUACGGCUUCUACUCCGAGGAGUUCUGCAUUUUCGAUGGUUAUUUCCGAGAAGGAAAAAGAAAAGGAGGGCGGAAUCACUAUCGAUCAUCUGCAUAGACUGAAUCAGAAGAACAUUUCUGCUUGGAAUAUGAAAAGGUUGAUGAAUAUGGUUCGAAAAGGUGUGCUAUCUACUUUGGAUGAGAAGUUACCGCAGCCAAAUUAUGCGGAUGAAUCUGCUGUGCAGAUCACUAGUGGAAAAAAGGCUAAAGCUGCAGCUAAGAAGAUAUUUAACAAUGUGGCUAAGCCUGGCUCCAAGUUCAUCUAUCUGGAGGACUUGAUGCGUUUUAUGAGAGAAGACGAGGCUGUGAAAACAAUGUGCCUUAUUGAAGGUGGGACUGAAACUAGUGGCAUAAGUAAAUGUGCUCUGAAAAAUUGGGUGGUGAAUGCAUUUAGAGCGCGAAGGGCUCUUGCUUUGUCUUUGAAUGACACUAAGACUGCUGUAAACAAACUUCAUCAAAUGCUAAAUGUCUUAGUGGCAAUAAUCAUAUUGGUCAUCUGGCUCCUUAUACUCCGAGUUGCCACUAUGCAUUUCUUGGUCUUUUUGAGUUCCCAGAUUCUUCUGGUAGUAUUCAUCUUCGGGAACUCAGCCAAGACGACAUUCGAGGCUAUCAUCUUUUUAUUUGUGAUGCACCCAUUUGAUGUAGGUGACCGUGUUGAAAUUGAUGGAGUUCAG